AGGACAAAGAAUUAAGUGAGCGUGAAGAAACAAAGAGACAAAAAGAGGAUCUGGAAAAGAUGAGCACGGACAUAAAUGAACAAAAACAAGAGUUGAAGAACUGCAGAGACCUUCUAGAACAAGAAAGAGGAGACAUUAAGAAUAAAUGGACACAAAUACAGCAGAGAAUUGAUGAAUUUGAGGAUCAAGUCAGAAAACAGAAGGAAGAGGAUAUAACAGAACAGAAGAAGCUGAAAGAAGAAAGAAAAAGUCUAGAAAAAUCCAAAGCUGAGAUCCUAGAGGUGAAAACUAAAGCUGAGCAGCAACAUCAUGAUAUAAACCUAAAAACACAAGAGUUAAACACACUGCAAGGACAGAUUAUGAAAGAAAAAGAGAAAGAAGAAGAAGAAAUGACAGUAAGAGCAAAGAUGGAGAGAGAAGAACUUGAUCAGAUAAAGAGUGAACUGGAGAGAGAGAAAACUGAAAUAGAUCAUGAGCAGAAGAAAAUGGAUGAUGACAGGAAGAUGAUUGAACAGGAAAGAAAGGACCUGGAGAAGAUGAGGACUCAAAUAAUGACACAAAGACAGCAAAUGGAAGAAGACAUGAGAGAGGCAAUCCAACUAGAGAGAUCAGCACUUGACCAGAAAAUACAAGAGAUUGAUCUAGAAAAGGACAACAUUGAAAAGAACAAAGAAAUAAUAAAAAAAAUAAUGGAUGAGGUGGAGGAACAGAGACAUGGUAUUACAAUCCAGAAAGAAGAGCUUUACCUUGAGAAACAAAAGAUCACAGAUGAAAAAUAUCUUCUGGCUCAAAGAAAGACUGAACUGCAAAAUGAAGUUGAACGAAUCAGAUAUAUGGAGGAGGAAAUAAAGAAGGAAAGAGAAAAACUGAAGGAAAUGGAAGCUCAUCUACGAAAGGACAAAGAAUUAAUUGAAAGUGUCAUUGAAGAAACAAAGAGACAAAAAGAGGAUCUGGAAAAGAUGAGCACAAACAUAAAUGAACAAAAACAAGAGUUGAAGAAUUGCAGAGACCUUCUAGAACAGGAAAGAGAAGAAAUGAAUAAUAAAUGGACACAAUUACAGCAGAGAAUUGAUGAAUUUGAUGCUCAAGUCAGAAAACAGAAGGAAGAGGAUAUAACAGAACAGAAGAAGCUGGAAGAAGAAAGAAAAAGUCUAGAAGAGACCAAAGCUGAGAUCCAGGAGUUAAAGACUAAAGCUGAGCAGGAACAUCAUGAUAUAAACCUAAAAACGCAAGAGUUAAACAUAUUGAAAGAACAGAUUUUGAAAGAAAAAGAAAAAGAAGAAGAAAUGAGAGUAAAAGCAAAGAUGGAGAGAGAAGAACUUGAUCAGAUAAAGAGUGAACUGGAGAGAGAGAAAACUGAAAUAGAUCAUGAGCAGAAGAAAAUGGAUGAUGACAGGAAGAUGAUUGAACAGGAAAGAAAUGACCUGGAGAAGAUGAGGACUCAAAUAAUGACACAAAGACAGCAAAUGGAAGAAGACAUGAGAGAGGCAAUCCAACUAGAGAGAUCAGCACUUGACCAGAAAAUACAAAAGAUUGAUCUAGAAAAGGACACAAUUGAAAAAAACAAAGAAAUAAUUAAAAAAUUAAUGGAUGAGGUGGAGGAACAGAGACAUGAUAUUACAAUCCAGAAAGAAGAGCUUGACCUUGAGAAACAAAAGAUCACAGAUGAAAGGGAUAUUCUGGCUGAAAGAAAGAAUAAACUGCAAAAUGAAGUUGAACGAAUCAGAUAUAUGGAGGAGGAAAUAAAGAAGGAAAGAGAAAAACUGAAGGAAAUGGAAGCUCAUCUACAAAUGGACAAAGAAUUAAUUGAAAGUGUCAUUGAAGAAACAAAGAGACAAAAAGAGGAUCAGGAAAAAACAAGAACAAACACAAAUCAACAAGAAGAAGAGCUGAGGAAAAACAGAGACCUUCUAGAACAGGAAAGAGAAGAAAUUAAUAAUAAAUGGACACAAUUACAGCAGAGAAUUGAUGAAUUUGAUGCUCAAGUCAGAAAACAGAAGGAAGAGGAUAUACCAGAACAGAAGAAGAUGGACAAAGAAAGAAAAAGUCUAGAAAAAUCCAAAGCUGAGAUCCAGGAGUUAAAGACUAAAGCUGAGCAGGAACAUCAUGAUAUAAACCUAAAAGCACAAGAGUUAAAGAUAUUGAAAGAACAGAUUUUGAAAGAAGAAGAGAAAGAAGAAGAAAUGAGAGUAAAAGCAAAGAUGGAGAGAGAAGAACUUGAUCAGAUAAAGAGUGACCUGGAGAGAGAGAAAACUGAAAUAUUUCAUGAGCGGAAGAAAAUGGAUGAUGACAGGAAGAUGAUUGAACACGAAAGAAAGGACCUGGAGAAGAUGAGGACUCAAAUAAUGACACAAAGACAGCAAAUGGAAGAAGACAUGAGAGAGGCAAUCCAACUAGAGAGAUCAGCACUUGACCAGAAAAUACAAAAGAUUGAUCUAGAAAAAGACAACAUUGAAAAGAACAAAGAAAUAAUAAAAAAAAUAAUGGAUGAGGUGGAGGAACAGAGACAUGGUAUUACAAUCCAGAAAGAAGAGCUUGACCUUGAGAAACAAAAGAUCACAGAUGAAAAAUAUAUUCUGGCUCAAAGAAAGACUGAACUGCAAAAUGAAGUUAAACGAAUCAGAUAUAUGGAGGAGGAAAUAAAGAAGGAAAGAGAAAAACUGAAGGAAAUGGAAGCUCAUCUACAAAAGGACAAAGAAUUAAUUGAAAGUGUCAUUGAAGAAACAAAGAGACAAAAAGAGGAUCUGGAAAAGAUGAGGACAAACAUAAAUGAACAAAAACAAGAGUUGAAGAAUUGCAGAGACCUUCUAGAACAGGAAAGAGAAGAAAUGAAUAAUAAAUGGACACAAUUACAGCAGAGAAUUGAUGAAGUUGAUGCUCAAGUCAGAAAACAGAAGGAAGAGGAUAUAACAGAACAGAAGAAGCUGGAAGAAGAAAGAAAAAGUCUAGAAAAAUCCAAAGCUGAGAUCCUAGAGGUGAAAACUAAAGCUGAGCAGCAACAUCAUGAUAUAAACCUAAAAACACAAGAGUUAAACACACUGCAAGGACAGAUUAUGAAAGAAAAAGAGAAAGAAGAAGAAAUGACAGUAAGAGCAAAGAUGGAGAGAGAAGAACUUGAUCAGAUAAAGAGUGAACUGGAGAGAGAGAAAACUGAAAUAGAUAAUGAGCAGAAGAAAAUGGAUGAUGACAGGAAGAUGAUUGAACAGGAAAGAAAGGACCUGGAGAAGAUGAGGACUCAAAUAAUGACACAAAGACAGCAAAUGGAAGAAGACAUGAGAGAGGCAAUCCAACUAGAGAGAUCAGCACUUGACCAGAAAAUACAAAAGAUUGAUCUAGAAAAGGACACAAUUGAAAAGAACAAAGAAAUAAUUCAAAAAUUAAUGGAUGAGGUGGAGGAACAGAGACAUGAUAUUACAAUCCAGAAAGAAGAGCUUGACCUUGAGAAACAAAAGAUCACUGAUGAAAAAGAUCUUCUGGCUGAAAGAAAGAAUAAACUGCAAAAUGAA